UUUUUUUUUCGAAAAUCUGCAAUGCUCCAUGAAUUCAAUUCAUGGAUUUUUGCGCCGAUUCUUGCCAAAUCGAUUGAAUCGUAAUGGUGAUGAUUUCUCAUUUGAACUACUUCGUAGUGCUUCAGCUCAAGAGCUAAAAAAGCGGGAUAAUCUUAGGCAACAAUUAAUGUGGCCAAGGCCAACAAGUAGCCAUGAGCAUUUUCAUAUUAAUGCAACAAAUUUGGAAGGUGACGAAAUGAUUGAAAUACUUGGAGAAAAUGGUGAGAGAAUACGAAAUGAUGAAACGGCUCUUCUUGGAUUUGUUGAAUGUACAUCAGACGAGUAUAACAGAAUUGGUCCAUCAACCACAGAAUCAUUGUUAAAUCGAGCUAUUGCCGAAUGCAACAUCAUUCGUAGUAAUCCAUAUUUUUCAGAUGGAAUUUUAUUGAAAUGUAUUGAUUCAAAACCAUUAUAUUUGUAUUUGCAUUAUGCAUUAUUCAAAAAUCCUGAUCAUGAUAUGCGGAUUGCUCAAAUUGAUCAUGCAAUCCAUGAAUUACAUAAUCAACCUAAAACACAAUUUGGUGCAUAUGAUGAAACUUAUGCAAUUCAAAAGACUUCAUCACUUGCUGGUUACAAAUUACCAUCACAUCGACAUGCUGGUUAUAUUAUUAUAUUAUUCAAACUUCUUGAUGAACAAACUAGGCAUGAAAAUCUUGAAAAAUCAUGGUUAAGUUGGUCAGGUGCAAGAGAAAUUUACAAAUAUUCACCAAGAAGUUGGAAUUUGCGACGAAUUGUAUUGCAUAAAAUGCCAACAUCAAAAAAAAAAAAUUUUCGUCCAUUUGCAUAUGUUUUAUUUUGUGAAUUUGGCAAUAUAUUAAAUCCAUCAAAUCGUUUACAAGCAUUAAAUAUGGUGGAACGAUUAAGGGUACGAAAUUGUGGUUAUAUAUCACUUUAUCAGGUACAAUGGUCAUAUGGACGUAUAUCAAAUUCCCAUGAAACACCAUCCAAUUCACAAGAAUUACUAUCAGUACCGGAAGGAAAAUGGGAACGGAACCUGAUGUUACGGGGCUUUUCACAAGAAGUUGAACCAACGACCACUGAUAUAUCGAAACCUGCAAACAAUCGUAAACAUAGUAGUCGAUCAAUGGGAAUGCAAAGUGAUAAACAAUCAGUGUUUCACAGUUAUCAUCAUUUUGGUGAUUUUGGAUAAUUUGAACGAAAAGAAAAAAAAAGCGGAAAUAACAUAGGUGAUCAUUUAACAUAUUUAUUUCAUACCUUGUUAUAAUAAGUAUAAUUAAAGCUAUUAAGUACAAUGAAAUGGAAAAAUAUAAUUGAAAUAUACGGUAUAUGAG